CAUGCCGCCAAAAGGGAACAAUAUGGCGUCCUUCUCUUCUACGACCACAACAUUUCGUUUGAGAAUACGAAAGAUGAAACGAGAAAGUAGUUAGAAAAAAUAUGAUAUGAAGGAAAAUUAACCCUGUUAAACGGAUUUUACGAUGAUGUUCCAGCAGGCCCCCCAACAAUCGCUUAAGAUUGUCCCAAAGCCUGCAACAACGUCGACAGCUCAACCUGCUACUGCCUCUGCCGAGUCUCAAGAUGACAAUCGGUUUCGGCAGCCCAUUACUUUUGAUGGAAAACGGAUGAGAAAGGCUGUUAUGCGAAAAACUGUUGAUUAUAACUCCUCUGUUGUUAAACUAAUCGAGGUACGACAACUUUUUCUCGCCGUAAAACGGUUGAAUCAGUCAACUUCACAGUGUCAUGCUUGCAUGACGUUGUGAGCUCUGAACAUUUCUUUGUGUUGCUAAAGAACUCACUUUAUAUUGUCACUACAAAGAAAGUCCUUAAUGUGAAUCAGAUCAUAACUCAAUCUUAAAUAGUUUCUCACGUACACGCAAGUUAAAUGUACUGAACGAGCAGAGAUCCUUAGUAAAUGUGCAACAUCAUUUACUAGACUUCGACUACACUGAUUUCGUGAAAAGGUCAAAAUUCAAGGUUACCACGAUCUUUGAGUCAUCCACGAUAAAAGAGAAACUUGCUCUUACCUUUACUGUCAUUUGAUUUUUAAUUUUUUCAAAGGGUUGUUGCAAAUUUUUUUGUAGCCAAAAUUUCAGAAUUCUAUUUAUUCACAAAAGGCUAUUGUUUCCUUUUUUAGAACAGAAAAUGGUUCAAAGAUUUAAGCAAGAGGAGUGGAAUGCAGCCAGAUGAUAGCUUCUCUUCUGAUGUAAAUAUUGACUCUUUGACUCCUGAGAUUGUCAAGGGAAUUCUCCUUACUGUGUGCCAUACAUUUUGUAAUUAUUUUAUAGUUGAGUAAUUUAUAUGAGCUCUUUAACUCCCUUGAGUGACCAACAUAGAACAUGUCCUUAUAGUAUCAAACAAGCAUGUGAUGAGAAUGAAUAGAAAUAUCAAUUAGUAGAUUAUUAGUUGAUCCAAUACCAAUUCUCCAAUCAUAAGAACUGUAUGGUAGAACUGUAUGGAGAAUUACUACUGAGAUCUUGGAAGUAUCUCCUUUUCUUUAUCCUGAUUUACCAUCUGCUUAGCAAACUUGUGAUAAGCAAAGAAAUUUCUCAUUCCUUGGAGAGAAAGGGUUUUCUGAGAAAGAUAAUUCAAUCGAUGUUAACUUCAGAAAUAGUUGCUACCAAAAUUGAACACAUUUUUCAAGUGUUGUGUAAUUACAAAAAAAGGCUAAAGAUAGAAAUAUCAACAAGAGCCAUAGAAAACUUAAAUUAAAAUACAGUUGAUCUCAAGCUGAGGAAAUUGAUUGAUAUGGUGGCACAUGGUUUAAGGUGUGCAGUGAAAUGGUUGAGAUAGUCUGAAGGGUUUUUAGUGUUGCUCAAAAAUGGCUAAGCAAACCACAGAAAUUUAAAUUUACUCAACUCACUUUGCUAGUAAUCAUUAAAUAGCUUUGUGGGUUGGUUUUGUCGGGUGUUUUGAUUUAUUGUUUACAUUUUGGUAGAUUACAGUGUUUUCUCUCUUCUUUAGGUGUUCCCACCAGCUUGCCUCAUGGAGAAUCCCAUCAAUGCUGUUACCACAAAGUUUGUGCGAACGUCAACCAAUAAACUGAGAUGUCCAAUAUUUUGUGUUGCUGUAUGUAGCACAUUGUUCAAAUACUUACUUGUAGUUAAAUGUAGUUAUCAUAGAGUGUAUACUUGUAAGCGUAGUUCAUUUGCUGUUCUUCUCAUGAGCCGAUAUGAAUUAUAAUGUGAAAUGACAGAUUAAAUUCUGAUUUGCUGAGACAUUUUUCAGUUUUGGUUAAGCUGUGAAUAGUGGCUUUUUAUCUGAUAUAUUUUCCAAAUAUCAUUUGAACUGAAUAAAAUGCACUAAUGAAGAGGCUGAGGAAGAAUCUUCUCAUCCAGGCUCUUUCUUCAAGUCCAAGCCUCUUUCAAAGAGUUGUGAACUUUGUUUGCUGACCCCAAAUUUGUCUCUCAAAAGUUGGAAUUUUCCCGGUUUUUAAAAAAAAUUCCCAAUUCUCUUUAGCUUUUUGUCCAUUUUUUUGUUUCCUGACUUAUGUUAUCAAUUCCAAACAGGAUUUUUAGGAUUGGACACUCACACUGGUGGAAGCGUACUUUUUGAAGAAUGAGAUAAAAUGAAUAUGACCAUGAAUUUGUGUUGUUUAAGUUGAAAUUCAAGCUCUUUUUACACAAUUUUUAGUUAAAAAUCAUGCAUUAUGAUUCAAUUUCUAAAGUGUUGUGUCACUUUUUGUUUGGAUUUAAAUUUCAGUGGACUCCAGAGGGAAGGAGACUGGUAACUGGAGCCUCCAGUGGAGAGUUCACCCUCUGGAAUGGAUUGACAUUUAAUUUUGAAACAAUUUUGCAAGUAUGUAACCAGCAAUGAAAUGCAUAUUAUAACUUUGAAUGAAAUGGGAAUGGUUGGCUGAUUGAAAUGAUUAUUUCAGUGACGGCAUUCCAGAGUGUGGUAAAACACUGAUGAUCAUUUUUGAGACAUGAUAUAUGUACCCAAGGAAGGUACAGUAACUAGUUUUUUAAAAAGAAAAAGGGUAAAAAAUUUGAAGAAAAUAUUAAUUGAGGGAUUCUUAGUUGAUCCAACAUGAAAUUCUCCAAACUAACAUCAUAAGGAUUGUAUGGUAAACAAUAAGGAGAAUUACUCAGGAGAUCUGUGGAUUGAAAGGGUUAAAGUGGUUUUGAUUCCUUACAAGAUCUUCCUGUUAUACUGAUUCAACCUGUAAAACCUUUGGCUGAUGGAAUACUGGUCUUACAUGACAGGCAAUAGCUUCAGGAAGAAAAAGCAUACAGAGGUUUGACUGUAGUGCAUGUGGGUGUUAAGAUUAUGUGCACUGAAUUGGAUUGCAGAAUUUUCAAGUUUCUUUUUUUUCCCAAUACUGUUUGUAUUACCAGUGCAUGUAUGCUUUGUUUGUCAAUUUUUCCUAUAGGCUCAUGACAGCCCUGUACGUUCAAUGGUGUGGAGCCAUGCAGAUAACUGGUUGCUAUCAUCAGAUCAUGGUGGAUUUAUCAAGUACUGGCAGUCCAACAUGAAUAAUGUGAAAAUGUAUGAGGCACACAAAGAACCCAUAAGAGGAUUAAGGUUAGACAUCAACUCCAGGAACGAGAUGGACAGUUUUUAAGAGCUGUUCUUUUCUGUAUAGUACAAAUUAUAAAAGUUUUGAGAGCUAGAUGAAAUAUCUUUUCCCCCUGCAAUAAUCUCUGAGAGUACAGAGGUGAAAUUAUUAAAGGGUAAUAAAGAGUAUUGCAGGACAUUGUUUGAAUAAAUAUUUCUCAGUGAUUUUGAUUUAAAAAAAAAUUGCAUACACUGUAUUUACCAAUUUUUUAAAAUUAUCAAUUGGUUUAUUUAGCUGGGAUUUUGCAAACAGUGUCCUGCAGGAUAUACUACAGUAAAUAACAAUUUUGGUGGUAUCAUCAUAUUUUUAGAGAUGCUUAAGCUACAUUAAAAGAGGAGUAUGGCUUAAGCAUAAUUAUUUUUGUUUAGGUUAUUAGUAUUUGAUAAAUAAAGAAAUAAAUACAUCUGAUUUGAAUAAAGAAAGUGCAGCUCACAAGAUAAUUCAUUUCGAGAGAAAAUAAAAGCAAUCAAUAAAUUUACUGCUAUACAAGAUCCUUAAACCUCAGAUUUUGAAACAGUUAUAAUCACAAAUAGGAAUCACAAGAGUUUUAAAGCUGUCAACUUUGAUCAUCAACAUGUUUCUGACAUGUUACUAAUAGCUUGAUCAGAUUAGUAUGCUUUGCACUGGUUGACCGUUCAUCCAGUUCGAGCUAACAAUCAGCAUUCCCUCAACUGCCUGCUGAAUCCUUUAAUAGUGAAACGAUGUAUAUUUGUUGUCAGCAGCUCAUUCCUAACAAUAACCCCUCCAGGAAAACCCUCGCCUAGAAAACCACACUAUUGAUUUUCAAAAUUGUAGCUGUGAGCUCAAGUACAAUAUUAUCUCAUCAGAAUCUCUAUCUGGUUAGGCAUUUUCAGCCAGGUCUACUACCAUUUGAGAAACAUAAAAUUUCCAAGGCUGCUUUUUUUCCCUUUGUGAAAUUUUUUUCUUUGAAAUGAUUAAGCUCGUUGAGGCUCUGAUAUUCUCACUUUAUGAAAGGUUUGUCUGCAAAAAUGAAAUUUUCUCAACAAAAUUAUUAAAACAAGAACCAAGGAUUAAUUUCCAAUACUUGAUGAAAAGUUUUAAUGUACACUUUUCUGACAUAUUAGAUGAAAAUCAAGAUAUCCCAUGCACCUCUGUUUUUAGUAUUGUCUCUAAAUGAGGAAGCCAAAACAAACCUAUCAUUGCAAAAUUUGAGGUAAGAUGGCACUUUCACUUUCCAUCUUUGGAAGCCUUUAUGGUUGUGCACUGGUUAGCCAUUCCAAGUGUAAAAAAUAACUUGUAAUUUUGUGAUGAGUGUGGUACAAUUAUGACUUGAUUAUCCAGACCUCAAUUACCCAGAUUUUUCCAUGAUUGGGGCUUGCUCCACUGUUCCUAUUUUAAUACAGAUACUUGAAAUCCAUCACAAUUCUUUUCCAUCAGACAAAGCACUUUUUGAAUGUUUAGGUAGUGUUCAACAUGGAUGGAAAGAAAAAAACCAUGUUGAGGCUUUUCAACUAAUGCAGCCUCAAAGGAUGAUGGCGUUAGUGAUGCACACUUGCUGUAGCAGUUUGAAACAAACUGAUUUAUGUCAACAUGCUAGGUAGAUGUUGAAGGUGGUAAUUUUUCCUUUGCCCUCCAACUGAUUUGAAAGGUUUCUUGUCCUCAGUGUGGAACAUGAUUCUGUAUGUGGUUUUAUCAAACUUUGAUUUGUCGUCAACUUGCUUGCAUUGCUUUUCACAGUUAACAACAUGCAUGUGAUUUGAAAAUGCAAGAGAUUCGGAGAGUUUUUUUUGAACACAAUGGUAAAAAAUUACAAUCAGAAUUGUCAGUUGUUGAAAAAAAAAAUUAGAAUGCACUAUCUUUGAUGUUUUCCUUACUUUGUCCUCACCACAUAUCUGUCAGAAGUUGCUUUUUUGUGUGUGUUAUGUUGGCCACCAGGAAAUAGUGCAAAAUUGACUGCAAAUUUGUUUCUGUGGACAAGCACUAAGUAGAGGAAAUUACUGGAGUAUAGAGAAUUUACAGUUUGCCCUGAGAAAAUUAGAGAAAAAAGCCUUACCUGGCACUUGUUGGUUUCUGCCCCCCAUAACUGAUUUUUUGGCUCUAUAAAAAUAUUGUUAUAAAAAGCUUGAUUAACUUUAAGACUGGUCAAUGGUCAGGAACCAUGCAGAUAUGUAGAGCUUAAUUUAAACUAUCUACCAUACAAACUCUGUAAACACAGAGUUUUAUGGAAGUUUAACAGGAUUUGGUAAGGCAGCCACAAGUAGAAAUGGUACUUAUGGCUGUGUCUCAGUAAACGUAAGCUCCCAUCAUAGCCCAGAACUUGGUUGUUGGAAGGGUUGAUAAUGCUAUUUGCUGAACAAAUCUCCAUCUGGUGAAUGGCACAGGAUAUUUAUUUACACUUAAAUCUGCUGGAUAGUGAUUUAUCCCUUGAGUAAGCAUUAUCCCCCUUUUCACAACUGUGUUUGGUUUGUUAGAUUUAAGGUAAGUGCUGGUUGAUGGAUCACCUAUUGUUAGAUAACGUAAGUUUUCUUAAUUUUUCAUCAAAAUUAAGCUACACUUUAUUUCACUUACCCCUGUUAAUGGUCAAGAAAACUUACUCAAACUCUCUACUAAUUGCAUGCAAAAUUCAAAUUGAUGCUUUGCUCACAUCUUUUACACACUACUGGGUAUUUCUACCAAGGAAUUAAAGGUCACUGACUUUCAGACUUGGACAGGGAUCAACAGUGCAAGCAAUCAUUUGACAAUGUGCUAUCAACCUAUCCCUGUUCAGAUUUGUCUUGACCUGGAAUAUCAGUGCAGCAUGAAUUUCCUUAAAGCAGGAUAAGAAAGAGUACAUUAGAUCAUUCAUUGGUUGGUGCAUGGAGCAUGUAGUGUUUUAUACCAUCAAGGAUGGCUCUCCAUGUUCCCCACCCAUUGUCAACAGCUCCAAGGGACUGGGAAGGGUAGACAGCUUAAACCAAACUUCCAAUCCAAUCAUCAAUGAAAGAACAAUUUUGCUUGAAAGUAAUACCAUCUAAAGGAGUCUGAGAAGAUUUUCAUAGUAUAGUGUUGGGGAUUCAGUGAAGCAUCAUAGGGGAGUGUCUAAUGCACUGAACAUGCAAUCUGUGAGACUGAGUCAAAGUCCUAUUCCCUUCUUUUAAAUGGCAUUGGUACCCAGCCUGCCUCCUGGUGAAUUAUUUGGGUUUUUAUUUUUUGGUUAACACUCGAGUAGGAAUUAGUUAAUUGGAAUAACUUAAUUGGUCACUUUCUAAAUCUGGUCCAGGGCUCAGUUUAAGUCUGGAACUUGUCCCAAAGAAAUUUCCUUUGAAAGUGGACCUUGUUUUGAACUUUGUCCCCAGUUUUUCUGGAAAGAAAACAUUUCAUCUUGAUUUCAUACUCUCUACACCUAUGAACUCCAGUGAAGAGCUAGUGCUACUCCCCACUAACAGUUCAGACUGGUGUCGUUUCCUCAUCUGGGGGGGGAGAGGGAUUGAAAAAUUUAGUUAUCCAUAAUCUGUGCUGUUAGGACCAGAGCAGUAUGAAUCAAUGACAUAGAAAUUUGCCCAGGUGUCAAAGGUGUAUCUGCCUGGUGUGGAUCUGGAGAAUUGAUAAUUUCCUUAAAACAACUUGUGAUAUUCCUCAUUCAGAACAAAUGUAUGCUAUGCUGCUGUGUAUGAUUUUGUACAAAAGAGUGAAGAAUUGUGUUUGGAGUUACUUUACAGUUACAAAUGAAACAAGGACAUAGAGGAAAGGGCUAGGUUUUUUUUUUAAACUUUUUUACACCAAUUCUAAAAAUCACGGAUAUUCAGUUGUCAAUCCAUUGCCACCCUUUUCCUUCUUGCUCAGUACUUAACAAAAGUUUUUUCCAUCUGCACUGGAGAAAAGUAUGCAUAUGAGAAUAUAACUUAAGACCAUUAGAUUCCACCAUUUUUUUCCCCUAAAUUAAUCUUUGCUUGUGGAUGAAAGUUGCUAUGUCCUGUUGAGUUGCAAAUUUCAAUUUAAUGUUGUCCUGUACCUUUGGUCAGCAUCUUAUUGGAAUUUAAGAGUAUACCAGGUUGUUUUUCAUUCAAAAUUCAUCUAAAACCAGUUGCAUGCACUCAAGACUAUCCCUUCUUAAUUGUGGCCUACACCCCUUGAAAUAAGAAUCCAGUUUCCUUUCAACUUGCUUUUCUAUUGAGUUUAGAGAACUAAACGGAAUACGUAGUGGUUAAUGCCUUGUAUCUCUCUCGGUUCUCUGAUCAGGUUUUCCCUGCAGUAAACUUGUGUAAGCAUUUUCUUAUUCUUCAUCAUAAGAACAUGUUUAUUGAAGGAAAAAAUAUUUUAUUAAUUUUUUUUGAGUGCGUGUUACUUCUCAGUCCUGUACAUAAUGCUAGCUGAUUGUUGCGUGGAGUUCCUAGUUUUCAAACUUUAGAUUUAAAAGCAAAAAAAGACAAAGGAGUAGUAUGCUCAAAGGACCAUAUGAUGGCUGGACAAAGGCUCUCUUUUUUUGCGUAUUUAUGGACCAAGACAAAAUUGCGAUCAGUAUAAAGACAGAAAAAGGACAAAGUUAAUGUCCAACCAUCUUGACCCGGACAAGCUUGGUCAGCAGAGGAUUUAUUGUACUGCAAAAAGAUUUGGUUUAUUGAGAGUGAGGAAUGACUUGUCUAUUUUUGAGCUCUGUGAAAGGAAGCCAACUGUGAUGCCAUGUGCUUGUUUCUCAUUUCACAAAUUAAAAAGUGAUAUGAUUUGAUAGGCUUGCAAUGACAUCAAACGUCAAAAUCUCAGUCUAAUUAUAUGAGAAAGCUGCUAAAUUACAUACUCUAUAAGUCUGCUGGCUCAAUUUUUCCCAUGUGCUGAAUGAAAGCAGGUACUUACAAGUGAGCAAGAUUGUGUAGUCAAUCUAAACACAGAUUUCGCUCCAUCUUGAUCAGGGCACUGCCAGCUAUAUAAUAAAACUUAAUAUUGACUUAAAGGUUAUACUGAUAUUUUCCUUCUUACUGCAUUUUGAGAGUGCCAAUAGUAGCUAAGCUAACUCCCUGAAAAAUCAUUUGCAAAUGUGCUUUUAUCUAGACCUUGAACACUGACAUGAAAACAACUGAGAAACCUUUCUGAUCAUGCACCAAAUGAUGGAAACCAAAGCUGGUAGUUCAGAAACAUCUGCCGCUUUGGUUACUGUAAAUUCUUAUAUUUUUUUAGAUAAAAAAUGCCUUUAAUAUACAGUAGCUCUUAACUGUGCCAACAUUGCUAGAGGUGUGAGACUUAUCAACCUUGCCAAUAAGCAGCCAAGGUACAAGGCAGCAUAUAAAAUCACAACAUAUCAAGUAGAAAUUUUGAAUAGAAUGAAAGACAAGCUUUUAAAGGUAGAUUACUCUUUUGAAUCUGAAAAUGCUAGUUGUAUGAUAAUUUCACACAAACUUUGUAAGGCAGAGAUAUAUGCAGUUUCUGGAUGAUACUUUUUCUUUAAUAAUUGCAUCGUAGCAUAAAAUGAGAAUAGCCUCUUAAAGUGUAGCUAAUGUUAUUUUUAUUUUCCAUCUUAAUCAUAAGAAUUACAAUUUCCUCAAUUGUGAUUUAUUUGAAAAACUCCUAUUUUCCACUUAUUGGACAAUUUGUUAUUGGACAUUUUGUUAUCAGAAGGUUCAAUAAGCUAAUCUCAUUCAAAGUUGUAGUUUAAAUCAACCAAUCACAUUCAAAGUUGUAUUUAAAAGACUCCUAUUUCUGCAUCCUUUGUCGGUCUUCUGAUGCAAAUUUCCUCUUUCUGUUAUAACUUGGCUAUUCUUUUCUCAGAAAUUGUAAUUUUAUGAUCAAUUGAUAAUAAGACUUUUUGACGUCUAAUUCAGUCUGUAAUCAUACUUGCUGUAAACAAAUCAGACUCCCCCUUUACAGUCGUCCUAUUUUGUUAUCACUUGUAUCAUUACAGACAGAAUUGGACUCCAAUUAGUCCUAUUACCAGUACAUUUUUGCUGUCAUGUCAUUCAUACAUGGUCCUAUGUGAAGUUGAGUGAUUUGCUCCCCUUUCAGCUUCUCUCCAACUGAUCAGAAGUUUGCCUCAUGUUCAGAUGAUGGUUUAGUGAAAAUAUGGGAUUUUUACCGCUGUUCAGAAGAAAGAGUACUGAGAGGUAACAUUCUCAAGGAUGUUUUGUCCUAAUCUUGCUAAUCUAAUCUCUUAUCCAGCAAAAAAUUAAUGAGAAUGUUCAAACUUAUUGAUAUCUGCAGGUAGGAGUUGUUAUCUUGAUCUAGCACCACAUUCUGGUAUGCAAAUGUGUAGCAACUAGAUGGGAGAAUUAACAAUCAGAUCUUUGAAGUUAAAGAGUAAGGGAGGUUGAGUCAAUAUAUAGGUUGGAGUAUGGGAUUACAGAGGUUUUCAGAAGGGGUAGUGGUGGAAAUCACACUGUAGGAGCUUGAGAUCUAAAUCUGAGAAAGUGCUACUGUCCCUUAAAAAAAAAACUAAACAAACCUGAGAGAGUGCAAGUAAAUACAGUUAUUAUAUACUUCUCAGAUUCUUCACUGGUAGCUUUUAUUUUUUGGUAAGAGGAGACAUGUUCAAACCUUGUUUUUUACAGCUGAUCGUUUUUUCCAAAUAUGAAGAAAUACUCCAGAUAUAUUAUAACUUUGCAUUCCCUUCCCUUUUUUUGCCAUAUUGCCAUAUGGCAACCUUUUUUUUCCCAUUAAUGUUAGCUUGAUAAAACUGUCAACAAGAAUCUUAACCCUUUACACCCUAAAAUCAGUAUGUAUAUUCUUCAUACUGUCCUCUAUGCAUUUCCUAUAGUGCUGACAAUGACACUUGUUUUAAUAAUCAAGAGCUUCUUUAGUUGAUAAUCAUCUCCUUUAUUAUAAUGACCUCAGUAAAUGUUUGAUUUGGCUGAUAUUGUAAGGAGAAAUUAGAUGCUAGUUACUCCAAGGAGACAGUGGGUUAACCAGUAGUAAUGUUCAACAUAUCAACCAUUUCUUCAGGACAUGGAGCUGAUGUUAAAUGUGUAGACUGGCAUCCAACCAAGAGUCUUGUAGUGUCUGGCAGUAAGGACAGUCAGCAGCCAAUUAAAUUGUGGGACCCCCGCACUGGAUAUGCACUGACAACUCUGUAAGUUUGAUCAUUUACAAAAGAAAAGGCUCAAGCAAAACAAGGAUACUGAUACUCUUUUUGUGAUCCUUAGAGUUACCAAUUUAUGGUAAUUUUUUCUUUGAACAGAGGCAUUUAGGGAUGUUCCCAACAGAAACUCAACAUAGACCAGAAUUAAGCAUCAUGGAAAAUUGCCAAGUAGUUAAAAGAUUAUCAGUAAAAUACCCUAUUAAACUUUACAUUUUUUCUUGUAUAUGCUAUGUAACUUUCCUCUGAUGAUUUUGGGUAAUUUUUUCCCAAGACAUGCUCACAAGAGUACAGUAAUGCAGAUCAGAUGGAAUCAGAAUGGCAACUGGUUAUUAACUGCUUCGCGGGAUCAUCUCUUAAAGUUGUUUGACAUUCGAAUGAUGAAAGAAAUGCAAACAUUCAGAGGCCACAAGAGGGAAGCCACAGGUAGAAAUAAUGUGACCUUUGAAAUACUUCAUUUUAUGUUUUUUAAAGCAUUUCUCUGGGACAUUGGACCAGUCUAGGUUGAUCCAUAGGGGGAAAAGACUGUGACCUUGGUCUUGAGUACUGUUGUUUUUUCCAUACAGACCACCUGCUAUCUUUUGUUAUUUCAUGCUCGUCCAGAAGGCAUCCAAACCCCUUUCCCUUCACAGUGAUUUUUUGGUAACAUUUGAAAUCGAAUAAAGAUGAAUAUUGAUUAGGGGAUUACUACUUGAUCCAGUACCAAAUUCUCAGACUAAAAUCUUAAGGAUUGUAUGGCAAAUGGUAACAUGAAUCACAAAUUAGAUCUUGAGAAUGAAUGGCUUAAAGGAGUUGCAGACACACUUGUACAGAACAUGUUGUAAAGAGUUUGUGGAAGUAUUGUGAAUACAAGUAGGAUUUAAUUUGUCAUUUAAACAAUGUAAUCAAUAGAAAUAAUUUUUGCACCCACUCUGAAAAUGAGCCACUCUGGUGUAAUGAGAGCUGCAAUUGCCAUUCACCUCUCACUGUUGAAAGGUACCAAGUUAUGGAUCUAAUAUGUGCUUUGAAAUAAUUUGAAAAUACAAGCUUGAUAUUUUAAAGGAUUCACAAAGUUAAAUCUAGAAGUUGCUAUUGCAGGAUUCCAAGUCCUUACCCUCCUACUUCUAGUGAUCCUUCAUUAAUUUCCCAGGUGACUGAGAGAAGUAUCACGUGUUUUAGAUUCUCAAUAACAAGAUAAUUUCAUCUUUUGUAGCAAUCAGCUGGCAUCCUGUUCAUGAAUCUCUGUUUGUCAGUGGUGGUUCUGAUGGUUCAAUGAUGUUUUGGGUUGUUGGGUAAGUUGGCUUGAAACUGGAAAGAGGACCACCUUCAGGGAUGGAUGUAGUGGAGGGAUCUGGGGGUGCACAUCCCCCACCCCCUCUGAGAGGACCUUUGGCUUUUUGAUACAACCAAUAUUUUGCCAAAGAAAAAAUAAUUUUUGGUUUAUUUGUGUUGAAGUAAAACAUGAGACAAGGUUGGCAAAUUUAUGUUAACCAAAAUGGUAUGUUUACAAUAAACAUUGUGCAGUCUGCUUCAAGGUUAUACAAAAUCUAUGGUAUGGUUUGCUAUGUAUUCCUAGCAUUACACAAUAUGUUACUGCCUUGUUACAAACCUUGUUGGUUGUUUGCUUUUAAAAUUUGUUUUGCAACUCAUCAAUUUUGUUGUUCCAUAGAGGUGCACCCUCUCCAGAGAAAAAUCCUGGGUCUGUCCCUGAACAUAUUAACCUUCUCUUUUCAUUCAGUGCUUUACCCUGAUUUUGAUAUUUCCUACUUUUUUAAGUAUAGAUUUGAAACAAUUGGAGAUUAUCAUUGUUUGAUUUAGGGCUGAGAAAGAUGUUGGAAACAUGGAGAUGGCUCAUGAGGGAAUGGUGUGGAGUUUAGCAUGGCACCCAUUGGGACACAUCCUGUGUUCAGGAUCUAAUGAUCACUCCAGGUAAGACAAGAUGGAGUGUAACAAAUUUCAAGUCGGUUGAAUGUUGACAUCUUGAUAUGUAGAGGACUGGGAAGGGUCUCUUGUAGAAUGAAAGUCUCCAUUUGGCUAUAAUUGAAGCUGACUCUGUAUCUCUGUUAAUUUGUUCUUCAUGAAGACAUGAAGACAGUAUAAAUAGAGUUUUUCUUUUCCUCCCUUCCCUCAGGCCCCCAUUGUUUUCUGUUGCUUGUAUUGAAUAUUAAUCUCUAUUAAUAUGAAUCUAGAAAUUGAUAACUGAGAGGUCUGGACUGGGUACAGGCAGGGUACAUUUUAGACUUUUCCUUAAGAUUGAGCAAUUUGUUCAGCAAGCAAUUUAAAAACUUUGGUAGUGUUAAUGGCUCUGCACCUUGCUUGCACAUUUUAAUUGCAAAAUUACUUAAUAUAAUACGGCUUAGGUAUCUGUACACAUGUUAUUAGUAAUCAAGCAAGCAAGCAAGCAACAAGUUAUUUCUAGCUUCUAAGAAAGUUUUAGUUUCCCUCCCACUCACACCAUCGACAGUUUUGAUUGUUCCUUAAUUUCAUUUGUGUUUUUAAUUUAUUUAUGAUUACUAGACUGUUGUUUUAGUGUAUUCAUCAAAUAUCCUUUUUGUAAUAGUUUUAUGUGAAAUUUACAUAGGAAAUAUACAUUAAAUAAACUGUAUGGUCCCAAAACAUGCCUCUGUCUGUUGUGGUGUUUAGGUAGUUCUUAAUACCUUGUCUGAAAUCCAGCCUAGCAUUACUUUUGGGAUGUUUGCAAUUGGGGAUUAAACUAGAAAAUACGAAAAUGCAAAACUAAAAGUGCUAUUUUGAUUACUCUGAUCAUCAAGAAAUUAAAGCUUCUUUGUUAUGUCCAAAAAACUCAAAAUUAAUUUUGUUGGAUAACCUCAACUCACUCUUCAUUUAUCUUGUAUCACCCCAUAGUAAAUUCUGGACACGGAAUCGACUUGGUGACAAAAUGAGAGACAAAUACAAUCUAAACAUUGUGGACACUGAAGAUGAUGUUGGUGAGUUCAAUGUAUUUGUCUGUUUGUUUUAAGCAACAACAUUAGAAAUGGCCAAAAGAAACUGGAAAUGUAAAUUAUUUGCACUUUACUCAUUUGUGUUUAAUUGAAAGAGAUGACAAAUGAAGGUUCAUUGUGAUAUUUCAUGCCCCUUUCUUAACAUAUGUCCUAAUUGCAGGCAAUUCUCUUUUCUUGUUCUCAUUGAUGUGUGUGUAUAUUCUGGUUGGUGUGUUAUUUAGCUUUCUUUAUACCUUCAUCUGGGGUUUUCAUAAAUGACUAUUCACAAAUUUACAAAGUGGACCUUUCUAAUUCUCAGUCUUUCACUACAAAGAUCUCAAUAAUAAUUCUCCUUACUGUCUGCCAUACAAUUCUUGUGAUGUCAUUUUGGAGGUUUGUUAUUGGAUCAACUACAUUUAACUACCCUAAUUGAUAUUUUUUUAAAUUUCUUGUUACUUGUCUACUUGAUAUUGUAUUUAUAUUGUGAAAAGAAAUUCUGUUGUGAUCACUCCUGUGUGCUAAAGGGUUAACUACAUAGUACAUUCCACUACUUCUUGGUGUGCGUGUUAAAAUCUUAUGACCUAAAAUGUUUGAAAGCAAAACUACUGACGAAUUUAACAGGCUAAUUCUGACUUGCAAUAAUUCAAAUUUCUCUUCUGUGGAAUUCAACAUUUAUUUGGCUUAGAAAUGCACAAAAAUAUAAACUCGGAUUUAUGAGUUAGGGAGAAGGCCGGAUCAAAUAUUUCUUACUGUCAAACAUUCUUUCUGAAAAAAAUAGACUAAUAUUUCUAUGAUAUUAUCUCCACAGAUGGUGACCACCCAGGUAUUACAACUACAGCCAUUCCAGGAAUGGACACAGCAUUGAACCCAACUGAGGAUGUUCCAGAUAUUGACCGAUACAAUUUGGGAGAAAAAGGUUAGUUAUUAAGGGUGGUGCACAUGUGUUCUCUUCUUCAGAGGACAUCAAAGUUCCACUGAGAGUAAUAAGUAACUGGCUACUUUAGUAUCUAUCAAGGAGGUUUUGUAAAAAUGUUGAGUAUGUCAAGGGUCGUCCUUGGACUGAAAACUGUUCCGACAGGAAAGAGAAAAAUUGAUACUCUGGCAAGUCUAAUGCCACCACCUUACUUUUUGAUAUACGCCACUUAUUCACUAUUUUUCAAUUGGCUAAUGAUAGAAGAUAAAUAGAUUGAUUAAAUUUAAUGAUUUAAUCAAUCUAUUUAUCUUCUAUCAUUAGCCAAUUGAAAAAUAUCAUCAGGUCAUCACCUAUCACUUACCUGCGGAAUUUCCUUAUAGUAUUGUUUUUUUUUCCUGUUGCAGGUCCUUCAUUCGGCCCUGGUAAUUCACUAACAAACAGGGCCACCCCUACCCGACCACGGCAGGUAGAAUCACAGAAUCCCGGAUUCACUUUACCGAACUUCAAAAAUAGUCCAGGAAUUCCAGGCCUGGGAGAAAUAACCCCAGCUGUUGAAAAUGGAAAUUCAUCUUUAAGGCCAGAUGCACCGGCUUUCAAGCCUGCAAGGCCUGGAGAAAGGAACCACAUGGGGCCAUUUGAACCGCCGGCUCCCCAAAGACAUUCCAACCAGAACAUUCCAAACUUCCAACCAGAGAAAGAUCCAAGACAAAUUGAUGGACCUCAAGGGAAUCAUUCUCAGUUUCCUCCUGGUAGACCCAGAGGGGACUUUGAUCUUGUGAAACCUGGAAGAGAGUCUUGGGAAGAGCCCAGAGGUGCUCCUGAUUGGCGUGAGCAGGGCCCUAAUGAUUUUGGACACCAUGGUAGGGACUUCAGGCCCGAUGAGGGUGGACCAAAUUUUAGAGGGCCUCCUGGCGACAGGUUUCACAGUCCAAUGUCUGACAGGCAAGGACUCUUAGGAUCACCCCCUAAGAAUCUUGAGAUGGACUCAAGGCCUGGAUUACUUGGAGCUCCACCACCACAGCAGCCCAAACCACUCCUGCAGGGGCCUAAUGGACCUCCAGCAGGCACAGCAGGACCAACAGGAAAUGACUUCCCACGUCUAGGUACAUUGGCAGGAUCGUUCCUUUCGCGGAAAAGUAGCAGUUCUUCGUAGAUAAUAAAUUGGUGCAGCAGAGCAAUCUAUAGUUUUGAAUUUUGUUGGGCACAACUAAAAUUUUGUCCUAUUCUCGAUGCGAGCAUGGGAAUUAACCAGUUUUUGAGCCAUCAAGUGUUAAUCAUACACGGGUCGGGGCAAAUACCUUCCAAAUGUGGUAUCUUGCGCGCAGACAUGUUGAGCGUACAAGCGUGACGUGACCAUUUCUCAUCCAUGCCUCCAAUCACACAAAAAACUCCAUAGAGCGCUUUUGAAAGGAUGAAUUAAUUGCAUUUGUGUGGUCUAUGCCGUAGUCUCGCGAUGAAUUUGGUAAUCCUCCACAUUCAUGUAUUUGUCAUUGACUCAAAGACAAACAAUAACGCUAACAGCACACUUGCUAAGGCAAUGGAUUUACCAUAGAAUGAUUACAUCGUUUCUGUUUAUUUAUUUUGUUUCUUUUAAAUGGGUACAGGUCCUGGACCCAACAAGGACCCCAGACAAGACCAAGGAUCUUGGCGACCACACCCUAAUGAACGUGAAGGAGACAGAAACGAGCUGUCACCGAGAUUUGAUAUGAGUGAUCCACGCAGGCCUCAUCCACAUGACAUCAGUUCGAGGGGCUUCAGGAGAGGUGCUCAGCGAGGACGGGGGCAUGACUCGCCACCUCGUCAUGGCUCUGAUAUGGAAGGGCCAAAUCAAAAAAGCUUCCCUCAUCCACAAAGUCAUCCAUUCCUUAGCAAACUUAGUUCAAGAGGUUUUAAGAGCGGUGUUCAAGGAAUGCACGAAAAUAGGGAUCCCAGAUGGGCAGCCCCUUCAGAUGAGCCCCCACAGGGAAGGGGCCCUGAUGAGCCACCUGGUUAGAAGUGUUUCUGACUGUUAUAAUGUUUAGUGGCUGAGUUUUUGUCUUUGAAUCUGCAACGAGUGCAAGGUUCAUUUACAACAGAAAGUCGUUGAUAAAAUCAGCGUCUGGUUCCUGUACUGAGUUGGUGGUUGGAUGGACGAGUUUGAAAAAAUAGGUCAGAUCAGAUAACAGAGUAGAAGCUCCCUCCCCUACCCUUCGGAGCUUAUCCAGGUUUCAGUGGAUGAAGCGACCGGUAGAAGUGUCUCUCGAGUGUGUGCGAAUUCUUACUUUUCAACCAUACCUAUGUUCGUAAUGUUAGUUGUGAAUUUAACGCUUUUCCCUUUAGGUCUUUUUAGCCGACGAGAUAGCUGGGGAUCCCCGCACGACCCCCGUGUACAACAGCGAGAUGAGCCUCGGGAUCCCCGCAUGAUGAGGGGCCCAGGAGGGCCCCCAUCAAGACCAGAUCAAAACCCCUCUAACGCAAAUGAGAAUAAACCAGUCAUACGGCCGCUGAUGAGUCUCAGUCCUCCGCCUUUGCCUCUCGGACAGCAGGGAUUUGAUUUCGAUCUUGGUCUUGGGGAAGACUCGUGGAAAGGACCUCCAGACAGACGGGGCAGGAAGCGGUCCCUGGACCAAGAAGGAUUCAGGGACGAUCGUGAUAGAGGACCUCCCAAGGCCUUGCGACCGGAGGACGAGUGGAGAAGGGGCCCAGGUGAGGGAUCAUCGGUCUCACAACUCGUGUUGAUUUUUUAGUGCUUUGGCUUGCUGUUUUGGCGAAGGAUUAUGUUGGUUCUGAGUAGUUAAAGAUGUUUAGGGUGAUUCAUUCGAGUUGCGUUUCGUUUAACAGUUAUAUAGUGUGAUUAUGGACAGUUUAUGUGUUCAGCAGCUGGCUUUUAAAGCGCGUUUAAACUUAAUGUGGAAAGUAAACCGGCAUUGCAUUUUGUUGGCGUAAACUCGCUUAGGGUGGUCUCGAACUGAAUAUUUUCAUGAGGUCUCGGCAUUCUGGGAGGACUUUACUAACAGUACUUAAUUUUUUUCGAAUUAGAUGGAUAUCUCAAAGCUGGAACCAUAUUUAAAUAAUUAUUGAAUAACCAAAAGGAAGAAAAGCGAAAAGGCGGAGGAUCAUUUCAUCUAUUACUGACUUGACGAUUGAGGUUUUUUUCUCGACUACCGCGUCGUUCGUGGCACGCCGUGUAUAGUUAGUGAUUUACGUUUCAACGUUAGGAGUGUCGUUUUGCACUGAGUCAUUUUCGGAUAAGCUGAUCCCAUACAUCAAGGGUAUAGCCCUCGCCUGGUGUUUCAAGUUGCUUUAAUAAAUUUGCAUUUUAUUUCUGAGACACAAAAGUUUAAUUGGCUAGACAUUCUAUUGUGGUUUGUUACGAUACAUGUCAAAGUGAUCUGAAGACAAACAUGUCGUACCUCAGCUUGCGUCUUAAUUGACAUAAUUUUUUUGUCUCGCUUACUUGACAUUUCUAAUCUGAAACGUACCUUGCUUUGCUAGAGUGCUUUUCUUUCUUAGAAAAGAUAGGAAAUGUUCUUUUCUUCUUCUAUAGAUCAAGGUCCACCGGACGGUUGGAGAGGACCAGAUGAACGUAUGGACGAUGGACCCUGGGGCGAUUUUGGAUCCGAAGCAGAUGGUUCUAUGAGAGGGAGAGGAAAGCCACGAGGAGGGAGGAGAGGGCGGGGAGGAAGAAGAUAGCAGCUGCUACCAACCAUCACCCUUUGAGUACGUCAUGUAUGCGUACUCAGUUUUGCCAGGAGGUCUUGUCUCUUUUCAAAAACAUUUUACACAGGCUGUGGUGUCGAAGCUUGUAGCGUACAUCGUAAUACCAGCACCGUUUUUUCAUACUCCUCAUGUCAUAAAGGCAAGCCAACUGACAAGAAGUUACUGCUGAACCUGUGCGACUUAGUGAUGAGGCAGACGGUGAACAUAACGUUGUUUGCCAUACGAGAAAGAUCAGUAUUCCCGGUAUUGUUUUAACUGGAUCGUUGUUUUACGGAGCAAAUAUUGUUUGUUCAUCUGCUGUUUGCUAGUAGUUUACUUUUCCUUGGACAGUUUUUGCGUUAGAAACUGCUUGUUUACUUGUUAAAUACGUGAUUUAACAUUUAAUAUAACUGAAAACGCCCACAGCAAUACAAAACAAAAUUCGAAAACAUCACCAACUCAAACUGCCUCCAGCGGCUUUGAAUGGGAUAUUUAGUAAUCGAUGUAUAUGACCACAUCACUGGAAACACUGUUCUGAUAAUAUUAUAAAUUCUCACAAUUAACUUAACAGAAAAUAUAAGAAAUAUAGUUGAGAGAAUUACUGUUGCAGUCUAGAUUACUUAAACGUUUGUCUUCUUAACUUUAGUAAAGCUAUAAAAUAAACA